ACAAUAAUAUUAUAGACAGAACCAAAAAAAAAAAAAAACCAGAGAACCGAAGGAAAGCGAGGGAAAGAACCAGAAAAUUUUCAAAGCCUUUUUCUUUCUCUUUGCUUUCUUCAUUUGUGCACCUUCUUCAUCUUUAAGCUCUUCAUUGAAAAAAAAAAUUGAACUCUCUGUCUAUAUAAAUAUAACUUUUUUCCAUUGUUAUAGCUAAGAAUUCUAUGCCAUUUUCCCAACGAUUAAAUCUUUUUAUAGGAGACUUGGGUUUUUUCAUUUUGGAACAUAAUUAGGAAUUUGAUUUCGAUUCUGGGUCGUUUGUUAGUUCUUAAGACAUAAAUUAUGUCAACCGAACAAUAUUUACCAUUCUCGGUUGUUUCUGUCGUUGAAGAUGUUAUUCAACAACAACAACAACAACAACAAGGUGUACGGUUGAGCGAAGUCAAAUUUGCUUCCAGAAAAGCCGAAGAAACUUCUUUGAGAAGGUAUGAAGCUGCUGGUUGGUUGCGAAAAACGGUUGGAGUUGUUGGAGGGAAAGAUUUACCAGCUGAACCUUCUGAAGAAGAUUUCAGAAUUGGUUUGCGUAGUGGGAUUAUUCUCUGCAAUGCUCUCAACAAAGUUCAACCUGGAGCAGUGGCUAAGGUGGUUGAAGGCCCUUCUGAUUCUGUUCUUAUUCCUGAUGGAGCAGCAUUGUCUGCUUUUCAAUACUUCGAAAAUGUAAGGAAUUUUCUUGUAGCUGUGGAAGAAAUGGGGCUUCCUACCUUUGAAGCUUCUGAUUUGGAACAGGGAGGAAAAUCUUCAAGAAUAGUGAAUUGUGUUUUGGCAAUUAAGUCCUAUGCUGAAGGGAAACUUGGAGGAAGAAGUGGAUCAUUCAAAUUUGGUCCAAAACCACCUAUUUCUGGGAAACCAAUUUUGAGGAAAAACUCAGAACCAUUCAUGAAAUCUUUAUGGAGUAUGUCCUUAUUAUGCGACAAAGAUGGUUACAUGAGUGGUAACCCUUCAUACAAUGAUCCUGGACAUGAUAGACCUGAAGGGGGUUCCUUAAAUUCAUUAGUUCGCCAAUAUUUGUGUGACAAGAAGCCCGAGGAAAUUCCCAUUGUAGUGGAGUCUCUUCUUAACAAAGUUAUGGAAGAGUUUGAGCGUCGCAUGCAAACUCAACAAGAAACAUUUAAAACAACUCAAGAAGAUAAGGCAGUGUCUGAAACCGAACAACCAAUUUCAAAAGAUGCUUCUGUUGAUGAUGGGAUGGAAGAAAAUGAAGAUGGACAACAACAAUUGCAAGACAAACAAGAGGAAGAUGAAGAUGGACAACAACAAUUGCAAGACAAACAAGAGGAAGAUGAAGAUGGACAACAACACUUGCAAGACCAACAAGAGGAGUGCUAUGAUGAGGAAUGCAAUGGUGAUGUUGAAAAAUCAAGCAGCUUAAAUUUGAAGCAGCAAAGUUUAGUACAACAACAAACUAAAAGUAUCCAGGAAGUGAAAAAUAUUGUCCAUCAAACGAAAUCCGGGAUGCAGUAUCUGCAAAAGGAAUAUCAGAAGGAUAUGAUCAACCUAAGUAAGCACAUGCAUAGUCUAGCUUCUGCUGCUUCGGGAUAUCAUAAAGUUCUUGAAGAAAACCGCAAGUUAUACAAUCAAGUGCAGGAUCUGAAAGGAAAUAUUAGAGUGUACUGUCGAGUUCGACCGUUCUUGGGUGCACAACCAAGUCACCCUAGCGUUGUCAGCAGCGUGGAGGGAGGAAGUUUAUCAAUCAUGAUACCUCCCAAUUCCAAAUUGGGUAAAGAGGGAAAGAAGACAUUUAACUUCAAUAAAGCGUUUGGUUCUUCUUCAACACAAGCGGAGGUUUUCUCAGAUACACAGCCUCUGAUUCGUUCUGUUCUCGACGGUUACAAUGUCUGUAUAUUUGCAUAUGGCCAGACAGGAUCAGGAAAAACUUACACUAUGUCAGGACCAGACCAUCUUGACGACGAUACCAUAGGUGUGAACUACCGUGCAUUGGGAGAUCUUUUCUUUCUCUCAGAUCAGAGGAAAGACACCAUUAGCUAUGAAAUCUCUGUUCAGAUGCUUGAGAUUUACAAUGAGCAAGUCAGAGACCUACUAGCUCCAGAGGGUUCUACCAAAAGAUUAGAAAUCCGCAAUAGUUCCCAUAAUGGCAUCAACGUGCCAGACGCACACCUUGUUCCAGUUUCAACCACUUCCGAUGUCAUAACAUUGAUGAACUUGGGACAUAAGAAUCGCGCUGUUGGCUCUACUGCCAUGAACGAUCGUAGCAGUCGUUCUCACAGCUGUUUGACAGUUCAUAUUCAAGGGAAGAACUUGAUAUCAGGAAGCACAAUUCGAGGUAGUAUGCAUCUCGUUGACCUUGCAGGAAGUGAGAGAGCAGAUAAAACUGAGGCCACUGGAGAUAGACUUAAGGAGGCUCAACAUAUCAACAAGUCACUUUCUGCAUUAGGAGAUGUAAUUGCUUCCCUUGCACAGAAGAAUGCACAUGUUCCAUAUAGGAACAGCAAACUUACUCAGCUACUUCAAGAUGCACUCGGAGGGCAGGCCAAGACCCUCAUGUUUGUUCAUAUUAGUCCGGAACCCGAUGCUCUUGGAGAAACACUUAGUACACUUAAAUUCGCCGAACGAGUCUCCACUGUUGAACUCGGAGCUGCGCGAAUGAAUAAAGAUAACACAGAAGUGAAAGAUCUUAAAGAACAGAUUGCUAGUCUGAAGGCAGCCUUAGCAAGGAAGGAUGGAGAAGCAGAACACUUUCAACCAUCUACCAAUAGUGGCCAUGAAUUGCCAAAGUUGAAAUCCCAUGCAUCUUCACCUCCCAUACAACGUAGUUUGACAUCUUCUGGAGGCCGUAAGCAGCCAAAAGAUGAUUCUAGUAGCAUGAUGGGCCAGAAAAAGGGUGCAUCAAAGCUGAAAAGAAGAAGCCUAGAUCUUCAUGACAUGUAUAGGCAUUCACCGCCAUGGCCACAAGUUAACAACAAUAAUGGAGUAAAUGGAAAAGACGAUGAUAAAGAAUCAGUUUCUGGUGAAUGGGCUGGUAAGAUUAGAAUGAACAGGAAUGACAGUUUAACUAGUGAUGAUAGCUUAGUUGGACAAUGGGAAGCAGAAAGUAAACAGUUCUCUCCAUUGCAAAGUCCAAGUUCUCUUUCAGAAAAUUCAAAGUUAGGUUUGGAACCCGGGUUUGAAAUUACCACAAUGACCACAGAUGAAUCUGAUGAACUUGAAAUUGCAACCAGUGAUUCUUCUGAAUCAGACAUGAAUUGGUUAAUACAGGCACCUAAACCAACCACACUUUCAAAUGGAUUAGGCUCUAAAGCAAAGAAAACUAUUAAUCCCAGAACAACAAAGAUCCCAGAAGUCAGGAGUAUGAUUCCAUCAUUAAUUCCAACUCCAUCAAAGAAACAACCCACCCCAGUUAUUCAAUCAAGAAAGCUUCCAGGAUCUAUUGAAGUAAAGAGGAGGACUGGGAAUGCAAAGUGAGAGACAAAAAGGCUUUAUUUUCUUCAUCUGGUGCUUUUAAUGGUUUUAUUUUUUCCGGCUAAACUACAAUUUUGAUGAUUUUAAUACACUUAAAACAUUAAUUUGCUUCUUUGAAGAUUUAUGACACUAAAUUUAAGCAAUUUGAGAUGACAUUUAAACAAUUCAAAUUGAUCAAUGAAAAGUUCUUUUAAUGUCAUGAAUUUUCAAAAGAACAAAUCGAUGUAAGGUGUAUGCCGGAAGGACAAAAGUUAGAGUUGGAUAAUGAUUUUCUCUUUUUGUAUUCUUUAAAGUGAUUACAAUGUAAAGCGAAAAAAUCAACCUAUUGUAAAACUGUUUGGGUUGAACCUUGUUGGUUAUUGUGACAUGAUAUUGGCACCCUGUUUGUAGUCAUGUGAGUGCUCCUAUUACUAUAAUUUUUACUUGUAAGAUAUUGUAUUCAUUUGCCUGUAAUAUGCAACAUUACGUGAAGUUCAUUUGUAAGGAAGUUUAUAAAAUAGUGUGAAAAAGGAAAAUUAGAUUUA